UAUAUCAGACACAUCUACUCAGUGAACACCGUGAGCUAAUAACCGGUGUUUAGUCAGAGGGGAGAUUUUAACGAUGGCUCCUCGAAAUAAAGCCCCAAAUACAAAUCGUAAAACCAAAGUUUUCAUUGCAUUUGACGAAAAUAACAGAAGGAAUUUCCUGACAGGUUUCAGGAAACGAAAGAAGGAACGACAACAUAAAGCCAAAAAAAUGAUGGAAGAAAAACUGAAAAAAGAAAGAAGAGAAAUAAGGAAAGAGAAACGAGAACUGUUCAAGACAAUGGCACGAGAAUCUGCAAUUCCUGAAGAAAUCAAACAUCUUCUUGAUCCCAAAGUUUAUGAUUUGGACGAUCACACUGUGACAGUAACAGACAUCUCAGAAGUUGACCUUUCUGGUCAAGAUGGAUUACGACUGGGAAUAAACAAGGCUCUUAGAGAAGAAAAGGAACCAGCAGAAAUGCUAACAGACCCAUCAGAGGAAAAUACCGAUGGAAAAGUGAAAAAUAAGAAGAUUUUUGAAGAAAAACUUCGCAAUCGGAUCAAAAAAGCCAAUGAUUUACAACAAAGACUGAAGGCAAAACAGAAGAAAAAACAUGUCCCUCGAAGUGAUUCAGACCCAAAAUCUAGAAAAGAUAAAAUGUUUCGGAGAAAGAAGAAAUAAAGGUUAUUUUAGCUUAUGUACUUCUAUGUUGUCAUUUUGCUGAAGGGUUGUGCAAGGGAAAGUACUUUAGCUAAACUGAAAAAGGGCUACAAGUGGGUCACUGAGCUGUUUGGUUAGGUUGGUAAUUGUUAAAUAUUAAUAAAUUCUUUCACAGUCAGUAUUUUCCAUCAUGUAUUUCCUUUCAUUAAAAAUUCGGCAACUUUGUAAUUUAGUUGUGCUCCAUAUUACAGGACAGGUGAAAUGGGUUGUAAUUACUGACCAAGGAGAAGGUAGCAUAAUUUCUUUGUUGUUCAGAAAAAUCUAAGUAACUGAACCAUCUAUACAUUCCCAUAUUCCCAUACUAGUGACAGAGAAACCAGGUUUAUCUGUAAUAACACCAGUUUUUAGAUAUGAAUGGGUGUGUUCGGCUGUAUGCAAAACAUUAGGAACAGCAACAUCAUGGAUGAUGUGAGUGUAGGAAUACCUAACUCUGACAGGCUGGCUGAAAGAAUCAGCAAUUGAUGCUCAGAUGGGUUGAACUUUGCUUCACAACCUUGUUGCCACUUUAUCAGGUGUCUUCUACUAAAUGCCUUGUGAAUGAAUUUAGUUAAUAGAAAUUGUGAGGAAGCCUGUCAUAUACCUUUAAUGUCUGCUUUUGAUGCAAGCAUGAAUUGAAUGAAUGCGUAGUAUUGACGCUAAGUUUUACAGCUGGGUUCCCUUGUUUCUCAAAUAGGGAACCUUUUAUUCCAUGUGUCUUUCAAAGUGCAGAACUGGCAGAUGAUUUGUUGACAGGGAAUGUCAACUACUAUCUCAGAUUUAGCUCAAUAAUUUUGAUGUGAAGCAAAGAAUCCAAAUAUUCACACAAAUAUGCACAGGCACACGCACAAAUGAUAAGCUUCCAUACAGUUUCCAUCUCCCAAUUUCAUUCGCAAGGCAUUGGUCAGCCUGAGGCUACAAAGGGUCAAGAGGACCAUUAAUGACAUUAAUUUUACCUGUCUUUGGGAGAUCUCUAAAAGCUAUGGGCAUUACCCACUUCUUCCAAGCCACAAGGUAAAGGAAAAAAUCCAGAAAACAAACAAAUAAAUAAAUAAA